AUGUCAGAUUCAGAUGAUUCUGAAGAAUACGAUGAAGAAGUUUCAUACGUUAUAAUGGAUGUUGGCAGUGAUUGCAAAGCUGAUGUUAUUGCAAGUAUGGCAAAGGCUAAUGGAGGGGCCCGCAUCACUGAUCUUGAGGCAGACACUGUAUAUUUCCAAGCAGGACCCUACUUCUUUGUAGGUGCUUUGGAUGAGACUGUAGGUCUCUUUCCACUUCUUAAUUCAAUGAAAUACAAUAAUGAGGAAAACCAAAAACUUGCACACAUCAAGACAACCUUCAAGUGCAAAACAACGCGUGUGCUAAUGAUGGAUAGGAUUGAAAUAGCCAAUCAAGAAACACAGAAUGGAGAAAAAUCAAUAGAGCAUAUGGAUAUCGACCAACAAAAUGAGGGCCCUCAAUUUGAUGGUCUUGGAAAUGCUUUAUUAACUGAGGACAAUUAA